AUGAAGAAGUACAUGUUGGCUGAUCUGAAGCUAGAGAUUCAACCUCGCGAGUCGAAAGUUUACAUCCCCUCCUGGCAUCAAAACCCUGAUCUCUCGCAGCUGAAGAAGAGCCUUAAGCGCCGUCUCAAGACUCAGCUUCUUCACUUCGAGCUCCGAGCGAAGGUUUCUACCCUCAACGAAGAGCUCUCGAAGCUCGGGCUCGUCCAGCAUGGCUUCAUGUUCAAGACGCUGGUGAGGGCGAGCCAUCUCCAGAAGCUGCGUUGGUUCAGCUUGUUCCUGCUUUGUUUUGCUUGA